UGGGUGAAGUUCUCAGCUCCUUCCACUGCACCCAAAUUCAAACCGGGUUUUAUUCUUUUGAAAGAAAAGUAAAGGAAUUGAAUUUGCAGUAAGCAGAGUGGAAAAAAAGACACUUUUUUUAUUUUUUGUGUGUGAAAGAAGAGAUUUUUUGGAAGAUGAUUGCCGAGAAACCUAGUUGGGUUAGGCAUGAAGGCAUGCAAAUUUUCUCCAUUGAUGUUCAACCCGGCGGGGACAGGUUCGCUACUGGUGGUGGUGAUCACAAGGUUCGCAUAUGGAAUAUGAAGUCUGUUAGUACGGACAGAGAAAAUGAUGCCUCUUCUCAAAGGCUUCUUGCAACCCUGCGGGAUCACUUUGGGUCUGUCAAUUGUGUUAGGUGGGCUAAGCAUGGAAGGUAUGUCGCAUCAGGGUCCGAUGAUCAGGUGAUAUUGAUUCAUGAGAGAAAGCCUGGUUCAGGAACUACAGAAUUUGGCAGUGGAGAGGCCCCGGAUAUUGAAAACUGGAAAGUUGCAAUGACUUUGAGAGGACACACUGCAGAUGUGGUGGAUCUUAAUUGGUCUCCUGAUGAUUCCGCAUUGGCUAGUGGGAGUUUGGACAACACUAUCCAUGUAUGGAAUAUGAGUGAUGGCAUUUGCAUUACUGUUCUAAGGGGCCAUUCUAGCCUGGUUAAGGGGGUUGCUUGGGAUCCUAUUGGCUCAUUUAUAGCAAGUCAAUCUGAUGAUAAAACUGUCAUUUUUUGGCGAACUAGUGAUUGGAGCCUUGCUCAUAGGACAGAUGGUCACUGGACAAAAUCACUUGGAUCAACCUUUUUCAGGCGGCUUGGGUGGUCUCCUUGUGGUCAUUUUAUCACCACUACUCAUGGUUUCCAGAAGCCAAGGCAUUCUGCCCCUGUGCUAGAGAGAGGGGAAUGGUCCGCAACAUUUGAUUUCCUAGGACACAAUGCUCCCAUCAUUGUAGUGAAAUUCAACCAUUCUAUGUUCAGAAGGAAUUCCUCUAAUGCUCAGGAAGUGAAGUCUGAACCUGUUGGGUGGACCAAUGGUGCUUCCAAGACUGGAAGCAAAGAGCCACAGCCUUACAAUGUUAUUGCCAUUGGAAGUCAGGAUCGGACUAUAACAGUAUGGACUACUGCAAGCCCCCGUCCUCUGUUUGUGGCUAAGCAUUUUUUUGCUCAAAGUGUUGUGGACUUGUCCUGGAGUCCUGAUGGAUAUUCACUUUUUGCAUGCUCCUUGGAUGGAUCUGUAGCUACAUUUCAUUUUGAGGUAAAAGAACUUGGUCAGAGAUUAGGUGAUUCUGAGCUAGAUGAAUUGAAGAGAAGUCGUUAUGGCGAUGAAAGAGGUCGUAAAGCAAACUUAGCUGAAAGUCCGGCACAGUUACUGCUAGAAGCAGCUUCUUCCAAGCAAACAUCCAGCAAAAAAGUGGUUUCUAAUGUCCAGCAAAACCAAACAAUUGAAAAGGCUUAUGUUGAUACGGGAGUUGCUACAACAAAUGCUGAGCCUCAAGUUGAUGAUGGUAAGAAGAGUGGAGGUCCAGUUGGUGAUGGGUCAAACAGAGUUACAACCUCUGGCCGGAUUUCUAGUCCUGUUAAGCAAAGAGAAUAUAGACGACCUGAUGGUCGUAAAAGAAUUAUUCCAGAAGCAGUUGGAUUGCCUGUUCAGCAGGAAAACAUGUCUGGUGCAGUUCAGCAAGAACUUGAUUUUCCUCUUGUGUCUUCUGAUCACAGAAAGGGUACUGACAGAGCUGUUUCUAAUGAUGAUGGCAUAAGAGCAAAUAGCCUGGGAGGAGCACUUGGCAGGAAAUCAGAUUUAAAAGAGCGUUCUGGGGUUACUGCUAGGGCCACAAUUUCUGAGAGCCUAGUAAUUGAGAAGGUUCCAGCUUGUGCUGGCGAUGGAAGCAUCAAUGUUGAGCAGUUGGGCAAUUUGAUGACUUCUAGUUCUUUAGUUCCUUGUUGUGCUACACUUUCCAUUAGGGUAUUUGACAAAAAAGGUGGGGAAGAUAAUUCACCUGUUGUUUUGGAAGCACGCCCAAGAGAACAUGCUGUAAAUGACAUUGUAGGGGUGGGAAAUACAACCACGAUGAAAGAAACAGAAAUUAUGUGCACAAGGGGGCGUCAGACACUUUGGUCUGAUAGGAUAUCAGGAAAAGUCACUGUUUUAGCUGGCAAUGCUAAUUUCUGGGCAGUUGGGUGUGAAGAUGGAUGUCUUCAGAUUUACACAAAGUGUGGGAGACGAGCAAUGCCUACCAUGAUGACGGGAUCUGCAGCAACAUUUGUAGAUUGUGAUGAGUGCUGGACAUUGUUGCUGGUGACAAGAAGAGGAUCCCUUUAUUUAUGGGAUUUAUUCAACCGAACCUGUCUCCUUCACGAUUCAUUGGCUUCUCUCGUUGCUUCAAGUCCUAACUCAUCUGCUAAAGAUUCAGGUACCAAAUAUUACCUACAUUUGUUUGAUAUUGGAGAUACGUGGUUUUUAACUAUGGCCUUGAGCUUAUUUUUUUUAUCCCCCUAUAUGAGGGCAACUUGCCUUGGAACUAUUAAAGUUAUAUCUGCAAAGCUAUCAAAAUCUGGUUUACCUCUUAUUGUGUUGGCCACCCGCCAUGCUUUCCUAUUUGAUAUGAGUGUCAAGUGUUGGCUCAGGGUUGCAGAUGAUUGCUUCCCUGCAUCAAAUUUUGCCAGCUCUUGGAGUUUGGGUUCAAUUCAAAGUGGUGAGCUGGCAACUUUGCAGGUUGAUCUUAGAAAAUAUUUGGCCCGGAAACCAGGUUGGACUAGAGUGACUGACGAUGGAGUGCAGACACGUGCUCAUUUGGAAGCUCAAUUGGCUUCUUCCUUGGCUUUGGGAUCCCCCAGUGAAUAUCGCCAAUGCCUGUUGUCCUACUUACGCUUUCUUGCAAGAGAAGCAGAUGAAUCUCGUUUACGAGAAGUCUGUGAGAGUUUUCUUGGACCUCCAACGGGGAUGGCUGAGGAAGCAUCUUCAUGUUCAAAUAACCUGGCAUGGGAUCCUUUUGUGCUUGGAAUGAGGAAACACAAGCUCCUGAGGGAAGAUAUUCUUCCUUCCAUGGCAUCAAACAGGAAAGUCCAGAGAUUGCUUAAUGAAUUCAUGGAUCUCUUAUCUGAAUAUGAGAUUGCUGAUGCUAAUGAAGACCACAGAAAUCCCAUGUUACCAAAGUCAUCUUCACUAGCAACCAAUCCGAUCGAGAGCCAUUCAGUAGCAACAGAUCACGUGGACAGUGUUACACCAAAAUUGGACCAUGCAGUCAGAGAUGAUCAGCACAAUACCCAACUGGAAAAAGAUCAAACAAAUUUUCCUCUGGCACUCACAAAUGAAGCUAUUUCAGAUACCCCUAUGACUGAUCAAGUUUGCCAGGAUACACAACAACUAAAGGAAGAAGGUUCCUAGCUAGUGCAUCUCAUUAUUGGAGGUAGGUAGUAUCCUGAUACGGAAAGAAGUGGGUCCCAAUAGAGACCCAGGUUAUUGGUUAAUGGGUUCCUGACUCAGCAAUUUUUUUUUAAAGUUUUCAUGAGAAGAUAAAUUAGUACAGAAAGGGACUCUCGAAUUUCCCUACCAUUUCCAUUGUAUUUCAAUUAGUUGUAUAACGACAUUGUAAUAAAUAUGUAAUCGUA